CUUCUUUCUCCCCUUGAAAAAAUAAGUAAACAGUUUUAGAGUUAGUUUUAUGAAGGUUCCGAGCAGAUAUGGAGCUUCAGAAUAUUAGGUGUGUUCAUUGUUCCAACCCUACUGUGGUUAGGGAGGUUCAAAAUGGAGAAAACCAAGGAAAAAGGUAUGUAAAGUGUGGAAAUCCUAAAGAGCCAGGUUGUCACAAAUUCUUUAAAUGGGAGAAUCAAAUUCAGCUGUCAUCAGAUGAUGUUGUCUGUUGCAGCUGUGGAGAUGUUGCUAUUAAACAAGUGGUCAAAAAAGAGGGACGAAAUAAAGGGCGUGUAUUCUACCAGUGCGGAAAGCUGAAAGCGUUUCAAUGUAAGUUCUGGAAAUGGGAGGAGCAGCUGGAGAAAGGAGGAGAGAAAAACCUAGAGGAGACAUCUCAGGAAAAACCAGAAGAGAAAAAAGAACUAGAAAAUUUUCAGGAUGUCAAUAUUGGAGCGAAGAAUGAAGAGGGGAAAAUGCAAGAGGAGGAAGAUAGUUACAAACUUGAAGUUCAGGAAAGUACUGAUAACGAGCAUACAGAGAAUAUUGAAGAAAAGGCGCAGAUUGUAGUAAAGGAAGUAAUGUGUAAAUGCGAUUUGAUAGCUGUCAAGCAAGUUGUUAAGAAAGAAGGGAAAAACAAGGGGAAAAUAUUUUUCCAUUGUGGAAACAGGGGAAAACGAUGCAGUUUCUGGAGGUGGGGAACUAAGCAGGAGCAGGAACAGGAGAAACUGCACGACCGGGAGCAGGAGCUGGAGGAAAAACAGGAACAAAAACUAAAGAACGAGCUUGAACAAGAAGAAAAUAAAAAUGGGGUCGAUGAAGUUAACCCUGCGCAGGAAACGAAGACGACUAAACGAGGAAAGAAACGCGGGAGUUCUGAGGCUGAGAUUUCAACGACAAGAAAUAAAAAGAAGUCUAUUUGAGUAUUGACCAAUAGUAGUAUCCUAAAGGGACUGUAAACGUAAUUUCAAGUGACUCAUGAUGACAAUUGUCUGAUUAAGUAUAAGUAAGAUACCAAUGUUAAAUGAUUUUAAAACUAAAUAUUUUUAAUUGUUGUUUCUAAACAAGUGACUUGCGCAAUGCGCAUUUGUGCUGCAGGAAAUAAUAUUUAAAUUAUCAUAAUUAAAUCCUUUUAAACCUAGAAUACAAUACUAAGAUUAAAUUCAAAAAUGAAUAUUUCUUUAAACACCCUGUAAUCGUAUCCCCAAUUUCUGAACAUGGUUGGUAAACCUCAAACUUACUGUUGUUAUAGCUUUCCAAACUAAUAAAUUAAGAAGAAUUAUGAACUGAAAACCAGGAAACUGUUGAAUAGAAAUAUUUGAUGCUUUUACAAUACAAAUAGUUUUACUAAUAACUUCUUGAAUCACUUAAGAACUGAAAAGAAUUGAGCCUUUGCUACAAACUCUGAUUUUCGGCGCUGGGCCAUUUUAUAGACAAAACGAUAUUUUGUUCUCGUUUUUUCAUCUUCAUAAUUUUCCUUUACUAUGAAAAAUCUUCUCUUUCUAUGAGAUGGCCUAUAUCUUUUCAUCUUCAUAUUUUCCCUUUUCUAUGAAAAAUAUUUCAAACUAUGAAUUCUGUAAAAUCAAAUAAUCAAAGUUUGAAAUAUCAAAGGUUUACACCAACAUGUUACCAAGAUAUAGAAUUUAGAAAGUCUGAUUUUGUGGCUCAGACUCAAUUCCUUUAUCUGUUUACACUGCACAAUUACCGUGUUCAAUGUUUUUAGACUAUUAAAAGUCCUAACUUAAGUCUAAAAGUCGUAGUCUUCUUGUUCUCACUGUAACUAUACAAUUUUAGACGAUAGUCUUACACAAGCAUGCGCUGUGUCAAGUUGUGAACAUAGCGCACUCUGGAAGUUGCAGCUGAAUACAAGUAGGGUUCGAUAUUUUACACACUCGUCGUGACGUCACACAUAUCUCUGUAUUAGACGAAAGCACAAAUCUUCUAAUGGUACCGUUGUGAAUCAGGAAAAGCCCCUCUUUACAUGGAGGAUCAAUUGAAAUUAAGCUUACUACGGGCUCUUUAGUUCUGUCAUUUUAUGAAUGCAAAUAAUUUUCAGGGUUAAUUUUGCAAACAUUUUUAAAUUGAAAAUGUAUAACUUAUCAAUUUAGUUAAUGUUAACUAACUAAAAUCCGAAUAUCCGUAAAUAAGUUUUCUCUUACUUUUAAGUUUAAACAAUUUAAAAACAUCUGUUUUUCUUACAUUAUCCAACAUUUUUACGAGAAAAAAUAUUUCAAAACCGAAGCAAAAGGCUUUACAACACUAAUUCUCUUAUUAUGUGAGCGACUUAUGAAGCUGAAAAAUAUAUUUAGUUAUAUCCACAAAACACAAAAAAUUACAAAAUACUAAAUACUUCUAAAUUUCUCCUCGCAUAGAAGAAUUUUCAGACAUUUUGAAACUGGAAA